GUCCACGCCUUUUUGUAUGUAGUCGCCUUGCAUGUCUUGGUCACUCACGCACGCGAGCACAUCCACGUCCACGCGUAUAUAACGCACCUCCGAAAUGACCGUGCCGUGGAGACCUCUCUAUGCUAGCCUCCACUUGCUGCUCUUCUUCCAUACCUCGGACGUGGGCUCGAGCUUCGAGUUGACCCUGCUGCACACAAACGACAACCACGCACGGAUCGAGGAGACCAGCGUGGAUUCUGGCAAGUGCGCGGCCGGACGUCCCUGCUUCGCGGGGGUGGCUCGCCGCUUCACGAAGGUGUCGGAGAUCCGCAAGAAUGACAAGAACGUCUUGCUGCUGGAUGCCGGUGACCAGUUUCAAGGCACUGUGUGGUUCAACUACUAUAAGGGCGCAGAGGCGGCUUACUUCAUGAACAAACUUGGAUAUAAUGCCAUGGCUUUUGGCAACCAUGAGUUUGACAACGGAGUGGAGGGUCUCAUUCAACCCUUCCUGCAGAGCGUUAAUUGCUCCGUGGUGAGCGCCAACCUUAAAGCCGACCAGACUCUGGCCGCAAAGCUGAGCGGCUACUACAAGCCAUAUACGGUGAUCCAUGUGGGAUCAGAGAGGGUGGCUGUGGUGGGCUACACCACAGCAGAGACCCCCUUCUUGUCACAGCCAGGACCACACUUAAAAUUCGAAGAUGAAGUGGAGGCCCUCCAGAUUGAGGUUGAUAAACUGCAGACGCUGGGCUAUAAUAAGAUCAUCGCCCUGGGACACUCCGGCUUUGACGUGGACCAGAAAAUUGCCAAGCAAGUGAGAGGCGUCGACGUGGUCAUCGGAGGACACACCAACACAUUCCUGUACACAGGAACUGCUCCAUCUACCGAAGUACCAGCGGGUUCAUACCCAUUUAUGGUGAGGUCUGAUGAUGGCAGAAAGGUGCCAGUUGUCCAGGCGUAUGCCUUUGGAAAGUACCUGGGCUACCUUAAGGUCACCUUUGAUAUGGCUGGAAAUGUUGUCAAAGCAGCUGGAAACCCAAUCCUGUUAGACAACAGCAUCCCUCAAGACCCCGCUAUCCUUGCCGACGUAGAGAACUGGAAGAAGCAGCUGGCUCAGUAUUCGUCGCAAUAUGUCGGACAGACUUUGGUCUACCUCAAUGGCUCCUUUGAAGAGUGUCGCUUCAGGGAAUGCAACCUAGGAAACUUGAUUUGUGAUGCCAUGGUUAACCACAAUUUAAAGUACUCUAAUGAAAUGCAGUGGAAUCACGUGGGCAUUUGCAUGUUGAACAGUGGAGCCAUUCGCAGCGCCAUUGACGAACGCCACAAGAACGGUACCAUAAGCAUGGAGGAGAUCCUCACCGUUUUACCAUUCGGAUCUACUAUGGACUUGAUACAGAUAAAGGGGUCAACGAUGAAAAAGGCAUUCGAACACUCCGUUCACAGAUACGGUGACAUGCAUGGAGAAUUUCUGCAAGUCUCAGGCAUCCAUGUAGAGUAUGACCUGUCAAAGCCACCAAACCAGCGAGUGGUAUCCUUAUCUGUGCUCUGCACCAAAUGCAGAGUGCCCAAGUACGAACCUCUGGACCUAGAGAAGACGUACACUGUGGUCACGCCUUCCUACCUAGCGGCUGGAGGCGACAGCUACACCAUGAUCAAGGAGGAGAUGCUGAAGCACAAUACAGGCGAUAUGGACAUUUCGGUUUUAUCCAAAUACAUCUCCGACAUGAAGCGCAUCUAUCCAACGGUGGAAGGUCGGAUCAAGUUCAGGAACUCGGCGGCACUUGCAGCCCAAAGCCUCUGCUUACUGCUGUUGAGUUUAUGUCUGACUCUGACACUGUGAUGAUGAGACGGCUAGGAGACUCGGAUACGUUUUUAGUCUCAGGGGAAAUUCAAUAGCCAGCAAGGGAAACGUCGGGUCUGGUUCAUUAAAUAUGCUCCUUACAUUUCUUGUGUUCGAAGUGGGACGUAUUUGUUUAUUUACACCAAGUAUGUAUUAUUUUGACACCAAGUUGCCAAGCCUGCGCUGUACCACUCAAACCUUCAGUUUGUGUGUUUGCAUGCUCUGGUCUCUUAUAAAGCAUUGGUGGGUGUUGAUUUAUGCUAACUAGGACCAUAUGGGCCACCAAGCCUACAAUUUAUGAGAAAAAGGACCCAAGUUAGCCAGUAAAUAACAUUGCAUUAUGAUGAUUAAGAUACAAUGGUAUUUUAAUCCAGUCCUUCCUUGCGUAUUUUGCUGAUCCUUGAUCUUCUCGAGCCAUCAAAGUCGUUUUUGUAACAUAAGUGCUUUUAAAAUAGUCUCCUCCAGGACUAUUGGAACAGUGAGGACAAUUCAUUUAUGCUGGAGACUGAAAACAUUUUGGGUUUGAUAUCAAUGGCGUUUACAGUACGUCUGGCUAAGAUGCAUAACUUAGAAGAUAGCACCUUAUUUUGAACCCACCCAUUUUUCAUGAGAGCAAAGGUAUUGCAUUGCAACAUGUGACUGACAGGUGUGUCCUAUUACAUUGCUUAGCCAUUCAAUAAAUAGCACUGGAUAUCUACUUUCAGGAUAGGUUGUGCCUGUGCAGACUGAAUUUAGAGGUGCAAACAGCAUGAAAUCCUGUCUAUGGUGGAAAAAUAAGCAAUUGCAAAUAUGUGAAACGAUGGAAAAUCAGUCAGCCAUAGCACAAACAUUGGUCAUAGCCAUUACGACAAUUUGGAAUGUCUUGAAUAAAGAAACCGCUGGUGUACUAAGUCAGACACACGUCGAACAGGUAGACCAAGGAAAGCAUCGGCAGUUGAUGACAGACCCGAAAACAACUGUUAGCGACAUCAGCAAGAGCCUUCAUGAACAAAAGUACAAUGGCUACAGCAGGAGAUGCAAACCACUCAUGAGCAAGAAUAGGAAGGUCAGGCCAGAAUUCAAUAAAAAGUACAGAGAUGAGCCUAAAAAAAUGCUUGAGACACAAGUAUUACGGACUGGUGAAUUUCAACUGCUGAUGUUUUCCUUGUUCCACCUAUUUGACGUCUAUUACUUAGUAUACCAAGGGUUUCUUUCUUCUUCAGGACAUUCUAAAUGGCUGUACGCCAAUGACCAAUGUUUGUGCUACGGUUCGAACUGAUUUUCCAUCUUCUCUCACAUUCGCAUUAUUUACUCAUAGGCAGAUCACAUGUUGGUUUCACCUCUAAAUGCAGUCUGCACAGACAAAACCUGUCCUACCCAAUCUGAAACUGAGCAUGGACAUUUUGAUUGACACACCUGGGCGACAGAACACAGCAGACGGUCACAUGUUCCAAUUGUGCAUCAGAUUCAGAUGUAAAUACCCGGAAAUAAAAGCUGAAAUGUUGCUCUCGGCUCUUUUGACGCCAAACCCAGAUGUUUUCAGUCUACGGCAAAAAUAAAGGAAUUGACCUACAGCACAGGUCAAAGGUCUGGACACACACAAUACAACCCCAUGGUCCCAACCCCAUUAAUAAGGCAAGACAUCCCACUAAGUAACCCUGAUAAGGCACACCCGUGAAGUGGAAAUCAAUUCAGGUGACUACCUCAUGAAGCUCGUUGAGGGAACACCAACGGUUUGCAGCGCUAUCAAAAAAGAUAAGACAUAAAGUAUACUGUAUGUCUACAAUAUAACACAUAUUUACAGUUAUUUCGAAUCUACAAUGUAAAUCGUCAUGAAAAGAAAGAAAACGCAUUGAGUGCGAAGGUGUGUCCAAACAUUUGGCCUGUACUGUAUAUAUUGUGUUACGUUAUGACUCGCCAUAAAACCAUGUCCAAUGUCAUUUUAGUAUUAAAUCAUGUUCUCUAUCAUACGACUCGUCAAAUAUAUGUUUUAUAAAUAAAACAAUUCUAAAUAUUUGCUUUAGUCCAUUUGCUGAGUAAUUGUGGGAGAGGUUCGUAUUUUAUGUUACCAAAUAUUAGUUUAUGAAGAGCUGUGACAAGUUUGAAUAUUGGAUUAAUAUUCUGACUGUAAUACAGUUUGAGCAACUUUUAGUCAAUGAUUUGUGUCAUAUUGGUUGCUUUUGUGUUGAUUACGCCAGGGUUUACUUUUCUCACACAUCGAUUCACCGUUAGAGUGAAGUAUAAUUCUUCAACAUUUUUGACUUGCAAGUGCAAUACUGUUAUAUAUAUUUUUAUUUUACAUAAUAAAGUAUACAGACUGUACGGCCGGACAAAAAGUAAAAGUAAAAGUGCAUUAAUAGUGUUUAUAAGUAUGUUUUUGUUUUGCAGUACCAGUUUACAUCCAUGGAGCAUUGACGGAAGACUCCUUCUGCACCUGCUGGGAGGAAAAAAAAUACACAUUUUGGAAUGACAAUUUUAUAAAUGUAGAUCAGAUGCAAUUUUUUCAAUUAAAUUCAAGCACUUUU